AUCGGUUAAUUGGCAAUUUGGCACCCAGACAGGUUUUCUCAUCGUUUCCCUCUCUCUCAUCAUCACCUCCUCUCCCUGAUCUACAUUCUCCAAUUAUCACAAACUGAUCCCUCCUCUCCCUGAUCUACAUUCUCCAAUUAUCACAAACCCAGCGAUUUUCAAGCAAAUAAUUAGCUCAGAGAGUUGAUUCAUUUCCUAAUCACAACUUCCGGAUUUACAGCAUCACCUCUUCAAUUUGAGGAAUUUGAGCGGAUAGAUUGAUGAUUUGGCAUUGGGGAAUGAGCUUGUUAUGGUGAUAUUUUGUGUAUAAUAGAGAAAAAGAGAUGCAGGAAAGCCAAUCCCCGGUAGGAGGUGAAUCUGAGAAGGAGGAGGAGGUGGGCAUGGCCGUUCGAGAAGUGUGUGCGAACGGACUUUGCAUGAAAACCACAGAAGUUGAAGCAAAGCUCGAUGAGGGAAACAUUCAAGAGGCAGAAUCUUCAUUGCGGGAGGGCUUGUCCCUAAAUUUUGAGGAAGCAAGAGCUCUUCUUGGGAGGCUGGAAUAUCAAAGAGGAAAUCUGGAAGGUGCUCUUCGCGUGUUUGACGGUAUUGAUCUUCAAGCAGCGAUACAGAGACUUCAACCCAUUGCUGAGAAACUGCCAUCUAAGAAAGGCCGUCCACGGACUGAAUCAAUGCAUACUAUCUCUCAACAUGCUGCUAGCCUUGUGCUUGAGGCUAUAUAUUUGAAAGCCAAGUCUCUUCAAAAGCUUGGGAGAGUAACUGAUGCUGCUAAUGAGUGUAAAAGUGUGCUUGAUGCGGUGGAGAAGAUAUUCUAUCUCGGCAUACCCGAUGUGCUAGUGGACAAUAAGUUGCAAGAUACAGUUAGUCGCGCGGUAGAGCUCCUUCCAGAGCUUUGGAAGCAGGCUGGUUGCUACCAUGAAGCAAUGUCUGCUUAUAGACGUGCGCUACUGAGUCAGUGGAACCUUGAAAAUGACUGCUGCGCAAGGAUUCAGAAGGGAUUUGCGGUGUUUUUGCUGUAUAGCGGAGUGGAGGCUGGCCCACCUAGUUUGGCAGUUCAAAUUGAUGGAUCAUAUGUACCUAGAAACAAUCUGGAGGAGUCAAUUCUACUUCUGAUGAUUCUUAUGAGAAAGUUUUACCUCGGUAAGAUCAAAUGGGACCCUUCAGUGAUGGAGCACCUUACAUUUGCUCUAUCUUUGUGCAGCCAGACUUCUGUUCUAGCAAAACAACUUGAAGAGGUAAUGCCCGGGGUGUUUCACCGUGUUGAACGAUGGAAAACCAUGGCGUUUUGCUAUAGCGGAGCAGGACAAAACAAGGUUGCAUUGAAUCUAUUGAGGAAGUCUCUGCACAAUCACGAAAAACCAGAUGAUCUUACAUCUCUGUUGCUUGCUGCCAAAAUCUGCAGUGAGGAUGCCCUUCUUGCUGCAGAGGGUGUGGGAUAUGCACAGAGGGCAAUUGUGAAUGCACAGGGAAUAAAUGAACAUCUAAAAGGUGUUGGCCUUCGCAUGUUAGGUCUUUGUUUGGGCAAACAAGUCUCUUCCUCAGAUUUUGAGAGGUCUCGUCUUCAGUCUGACGCAUUAAAAUCGUUAGAUGGAGCGGUUGCCCUUGAGUGUAACAACCCGGACCUAAUUUUUGAGUUGGGAGUUCAGUAUGCAGAGCAUCGGAAUUUGAAUUUGGCUUUACGGUAUGCCAAACAGUUCAUUGAUGCAACAGGUGGAUCAAUUCUGAAAGGCUGGAGAUUGCUUGCCUUGGUUUUGUCUGCUCAACAGCGGUUCCCAGAGGCGGAAGUGGUGGCUGAUGCUGCUUUAGAUGAGACAACAAAAUGGGAGCAAGGACCGCUACUCAGGAUGAAGGCAAAGCUGAAAAUCGCACAGUCAUCACCCAUGGAUGCAAUUGAAACUUACCGUAACCUCCUUGCAUUGGUUCAAGCCCAGAGGAAAUCAUUUGGGCCUUAUCGGGGAAUGGAUCAGAUUAAUGAUGAUAAAGUAAAUGAAUUUGAAGUUUGGCAUGGUCUUGCAAACUUAUACUCCAGCCUUUCGCAUUGGAGGGAUGCAGAGAUAUGCUUGGAAAAAGCGAGAGCACUAUUUGAGUACUCUGCUGAAACACUGCACACAGAAGGUAUCAUAUGCGAAGCACGGGGACAAAUCCAAGAAGCUUUGGCUGCUUAUAUCAAUGCUCUUCUACUAGAACCAGGUUAUGUACCUUGCAAGAUCUUGAUUGGUGCAGUGUUGUCAAAGAUGGGCUCAAAGGUGCUGCCGGUUGCAAGAAGCUUACUCUCAGAUGCAUUGAGAAUAGAACCUACAAAUCGCAUGGCUUGGUAUUACUUGGGAGUGGUUCACAAGGACGAUGGACGAGUAGGUGAUGCUAUUGACUGCUUUCAGGCAGCCUCUAUGCUUGAAGAGUCUGAUCCCAUUGAAAGCUUCAGCUCCAUUUUGUAGUUGGUUUCAAUCAACCAGAGGUUCAAACCUUCUAAAUUUUCCCCUUCGGCUCUCCUCCAGUUUAAUGUAGACUGUCAAAGCAGCCGGCAUCAGUGUAGCUUGAUUCGUAUGGGUUUGGUUGCAUAUUCCUCUUCAAUCAUUUAGGCUGCAUUUGGUCUUUGACUUGUAGUGGAACUUGUGGAAGGAAAAGAAAAAGGUAUGGAAAACAGUAGAUAUGUAGAAGGAAAUCCCUUGCAUUUUCUUUCUCUUAUAGAAGUUUCUGCACAAAUGUAUGAUCCAAUCACGACCUAAGGCUCUUGAGUGUGAUGGAGAUUGUGAUCAGAAAGUAUGGAGAACUGGAUAUAACUUAUUCAAUUUGAUUUUGAACGGAGAUUGGAUUUUAGGCAGGUUGGCCAAGUGGGGCUUGUAAAUGUUUGUUGCUCGACUGAGUGAAUUCUUUGGAAAAUAGAUCAUUUAUUCAGGCUCUUUGAGAUUCUUUGUAGUAAA